UCGUUCCUUCGAUGUUUCUUCAACUGUGCCCCUACACCGGAAAGGAGGGCUGUUUUCCCUCUCCGCUUCGCCCACUUCCGCCCGGCAAAAAAGACAGGAAGUAGAUCUGCCCCGAGUUGCCGAGAUACCUCGUCGGACAUGAAACCAGGAUCGUCUUGAUCACCCGGAGAGGGGAACCCCUCCUUCCUCUCCCCUCCCCUCUCCCCUGUCCCCCAUUCACAGCUGGCCGAAGCUGGCAGAGGAAGCCCCGAUUGAAGAGGAAGGGAAAGUGCUCACAGGUCUGGGCAGGUGUUCAUAAAAUAUGAGGGGCUACCCCUCUCUGCCGCUGCUAUACCUGGGAUUGACCACCUGCUUAGACACCUCACCCAGUGGGGAGCAAGACCAAGGAGUCUUCCUGGACUCCCCAGAAGCCCAGAGCUUUCUAGGAAGCCAUAGCCGGAUUCCACGAGCCAAUCACUGGGACCUGGAGCUGUUCACGCCAGGGAACCUGGAACGAGAGUGUUAUGAGGAGCGAUGUUCCUGGGAGGAGGCGAGGGAGUAUUUUGAGGACAAUACUCUGACGGAGCGCUUUUGGGAGAGUUACAUCUACAAUGGCAAAGGAGGGCGUGGACGAGUGGACGUAGCAGGCCUGGCUGUGGGGCUGACGUCUGGCAUCCUGCUCAUUGUCCUGGCCAGCUUGGGAGCCUUUUGGUAUCUGCAUUGCCGACGGGGUGGAGGCCAGCAGCCCUGUCCCCAAGAGGCUGAGCUCAUUAAUUCCCGAAGCCCCCUGGGCGACCUAGGCCCACCGACGCCCCUGCCUCCACCCCCACCCCCAGGCCUCCCCACCUACGAGCAGGCUCUGGAGGCCUCUGGGGUGCACGACCUACCUCCGCCCCCCUACACCAGCCUCAGGAGGCCUCGCUGAGGAGCUGCUUCGGAGCCGAGGUUCCCCAGAUUCACAGCGGAUUCCAGAGCCCCCAGGCCUCUUAAACUACAUAGCUGAGAUCGGGGAGUGGUGGGAGUGGGGGUCGUCCGGCCUGAGGC